GCUGGGCUGGGAUAGGCCAUCGCUCCCGUUUAGGGUUCCACUCCCACAGGGAGAGAUAAACGCAAUAGCGCUGGCUUUUGAUGCGCAGCGCGAGCUCGCCUGGACCUCGUCAGACCAGAAAAACCAGCUAGCGUAGGAACUACAGCGCAGCCGUCGUACAGUAGAACACAGUGGUGUUGCAACCUUGCGUGGUACUGCUCUCUCGGGAACAGAAAUCUUUUUUUAAGGUUUUGAUUUCCCCGUUUCUUUCUUUUUUUUUCUUUUUAAAGCGUCGUUUUGUCUGUUCGGUUCACGCUGAACUCUUAAAUCUCCUUAACGUCUUCCUCCUAUUCCUUCGGUCCCUCUCUACUUGUACCUGACAUUCACUUUGCUGGCUGGACUAUGCCUUCUUGUGUGGCGGCAGCUGGGGAUCGGCCAGGUUGCGGAGUCUCACCUGGGAAGGUGUGAUGCAGACGAGUCCGCGGGGGCGCACAGCCUGCUGCUGAUGAUGAUGAUGAUGAUGAUGAGCACUGACAGCCGUUAUUAUGAUGAUGAGCAUGGACAGACGUUGUUAUGUAUUUGUUCUUUCAUCCUUCGCUUGGUGAUGACCUGUAUUCUGUAUUCCCUGCGGCUUCGACAUUACAGCAAUGCUGCAGAAUUACUGUAAAAGCAGCGCUAGUCUUGAUUAUCUAAGAUCAGGUGUUUUCUAACGACCUGGUUCUAAUGCAUACUGUGCUUCUGCUGUCCUAGACAUUCCUAAAGAUGAAAUCUGCAACUUUCUCCAACUCCAACACCACCCAGUCUCCGGCCACUACAAAGUCCAAAGAGAACAUUCUCAUCCAGAGCUCUGGGGCCAUGAUUGCAGUCAUAGUCAUUGGGAUCAUCAUUAUACUCACAAUAUUGCUGAUCAUACUGAAGACCUACCACAGGUGUACCAAAACGUCUCGCGUGUUGCGGGGUGGGCCCAAGAGUCGUACAAAGUCCUCCUCCACCGUUCAUACCAACAUGCACUUUGGACCACGCGGCCCCAACUCGGAGUCCAGCAGCGUCGCACAAGCGCGCAGCACUAUGGGAAACGGCUUCCAGCUUCCACGAGCCGAAGUACCCAACCAUGCCCAAAACAGUAUGGAGCAGCUCAGUACGAUUAGCGAUUCCACGGUGGUGACCAUACACAAUGCCCCGCCGCUGGAGAACACAUAGCGAGGCUCCGGGAUCAGACGAGACAUUUGGUAGAGACGUAAAAAAAAUAGCUGGAAUGGACCAGCGUUGAAAGACGCUAAACACUACGGGUGGCCCCGACGCGCACAUCCUGCGCAGGGAAUCUCGACUUCUCCGCUCCACUGAGGAUUUGCUGCUAGAAGAGACGCGACCCCUGUUGAUGCAGCAUCAUCAAUCGGCGAUGUGUCAAAUCCUUGGUCACAAGUAUGGCCGCCUAGAUUGGGAAAAACAAGACAUUAUAGACCAAGAACAGAACCCAUCCAUUUUUUUUACUUGUGUAAAUACUCCCUUUGCAAGUUGAAGGGAACGCAGUGCGUUAGCUCAGACAGGCUGUAUAAACUAUGUUCAGAAGCUGAAUGACUGAAAUGUAUCAGAAGUAGACCUAUCAACAAUGCGUUGGAUUUCUUGACAACAAAUACCUUUUCCAUUCUUUUGUGCAUCUGUCAGCUGAUGCUCUCUCUUGUUUUGCUCUUUGAAAUGUCGUCCCAUUGUUUAAAAAAAAUGCUAAGGAAUGUUUUUCCGGGUUGUUGCUAACAAAGAAUAAAAAAUAAAAAUGCAAAAAGAGGAGAUUCGAAAAUUCCUCGGCACGGACGCGCUCAAAUUGAACAUUUGGGUAAAGUCGACGGCUCUGUGCUCACCAGUGUUGAGAAAUCGUAUUCCAGUUAUUGUCUUACAUUCAACUUAAAGCAUUUGCAUUUGAUUUGCCUUUUCUGAGAAUCCGUGUACACCACAUGUGCCUUGUUUAUUAGUAGCUCGUUAUUUUAGGCCUGUGUCCUGACAUUGCUUUCGUGCCUGUGCAUAUCCACCACACGGAUGGUCACGUGACCAUGCUGUUUCAGAUCAGUCCAGGUGAGGGAACAUCAGGAGUGCCUAGACAGGAGCUCAUCCAUUGAAAUUCAAACAUUUGACUCUGUUGCCACAUAUUUAACAAAGAAAACAAGGACACAAUGUGCCAUUGACGCUAAGCACCAUUCAGCUACUUUGAGUGCUAAUAGCUCUCCCUUGUGGAGAAGUGACUGAGUUACAUGCCAGGUCCACGAGGUGCUUUGCAUCUAAUAAAAACGAGUUCAGGCCA